AAGUGUGCAAAAUUGUAAUAAAACUGAAAACAAAGAUGUUGGGGUGGAAGUUCAUAAAGAUUGUCCCGUGUGCAAAGAAUUCCAAAUUCCCAGCCUUGUUUCGCUACUGACGUUACCGAACACUGAGUAAACAAUGCCUUUCAAACCACCUGAAAGGUCGAUCUGUCCGGCUUGUGGAAACGCUGUGUAUGCAGCUGAAGAAAAGUUAGGAGCCGGUAAAAAAUGGCACAAAAUGUGCUUUAAAUGUGGUUUGUGCAAUAAGUUGUUAGAGAGCACAACUGUAGCUGAGCAUGAAGGUCGUGUGUAUUGUAAAGGAUGUCACGGAAAAAAAUUCGGUCCAAAGGGUUACGGAUUCGGUCAGGGAGCGGGUGCACUCAGUAUGGAAACUGGAUCUCAGUUUGGAAACAAAGACAGUGAGAUGAGUAAUCGUCCAAGGGAUCAGCAUGUUGGACCUACAAGCUCCGGGCCUGGUCCCCAUUGUCCUAGAUGUGGCAAAACAGUGUAUGAAGCUGAACGAGCCAUAGGACUAACAGAUGCUUGGCAUAAAGGUUGCAGUAAAUGUAAGAUGUGUAACAAGCCUGUAGAUUCUACAACACUAUGUAGACACGAGAUAGAAAUCUACUGCAAAGGAUGUUAUGCAAAGAACUUUGGUCCUCAUGGUUUUGGUGUUGGAUCAUUGGCCUCAUAAUUGCGAAAAAAACACUGCCUACGUCUCUCUAACGUAGAAACAGUACCUGCCGAACUCGUUGUCACGUGACAAAAAUACAAACGAUCGAUCAACCGCUCACUGGCUAGCCGUGCAUGCUCUUAGUUUGUCCCUUUUUCAUAUAGGACAUUUAAUGUGUAAACCACAAUCCUUUAAUUUAUAAUUAUCCAAACUACUAUUGUUUUCAAUUUUGAUUAUAUUUUUUUUAUAUUAAAUUUUUAGUUUUAUUA